UGCACGCAUAUAAUUAAAUGGUAUUGUUUAUGUUUACAGCACUGAAAUUCAGCAAACAUUUGCCAUCCAAUUGUUAGACACAAUUGUUGUCGCGAGGCUAAGUCAUUCAAACUCAACAUUUUAACUAUCAGCUAACCAGCUAGCUAUCGUUAGCCUAAUGUGGAUUGGAAAUGCGAGAGCGGGAUUUUGUUCAUUGAGCUAGGCCCUGUGUGCUAGUUAGCUUGGAUGGCUAUCUAGAGUACAGCCUUGGAUACACUAACGUUAUUCCGUUGAAUCUGCCGGUUAGACUCUGAUUUGAACUGUAUAAGCUCUCCAUAUUUAAUAUCUCCACACGGGUUACGUGCAGCAGGACACCCCAACGGAGAGCAGGUGCUAGGGCGGCCAGGCUCUGACAAUGGAGAAUGGACAGGGCACCGGCUCAAAACUCGGCCUGCCGCCUCUCACGCCCGAACAACAGGAGGCGCUGCAGAAGGCGAAGAAGUAUGCCAUGGAGCAGAGCAUCAAGAGUGUCCUGGUUAAACAGACCCUCGCCCAACAGCAACAACAGAUAAACAACAUACAGAUGGCCUCGUUGUCAAUGGGCUUUGGAGAUCCUCUCUCACCAUUGCAAUCGGUGGCAGCGCAGCGGCAACGAGCCCUGGCCAUCAUGUGCCGCGUCUACGUCGGCUCCAUCUACUACGAGUUGGGCGAGGACACCGUCCGACAGGCCUUCGCACCCUUCGGUCCCAUUAAGAGCAUAGACAUGUCCUGGGAUUCUGUUACUAUGAAGCAUAAGGGUUUUGCAUUUGUGGAGUAUGAGGUACCAGAAGCUGCUCAGUUAGCGCUAGAGCAAAUGAACUCGGUCAUGCUUGGUGGGAGGAACAUUAAAGUUGGUAGACCAAGCAAUAUUGGUCAGGCCCAACCAAUCAUCGACCAGUUAGCAGAAGAAGCGCGGGCUUUCAACAGAAUCUACGUGGCCUCAGUCCAUCCGGACUUGUCAGAUGAUGACAUUAAAAGUGUCUUUGAGGCCUUUGGAAGGAUCCAAUCCUGUAUGUUAUCACGAGAUCCCACUACAGGGAAACAUAAAGGCUAUGGAUUCAUAGAAUAUGACAAGCCGCAAUCGUCGCUGGACGCUGUGUCGUCCAUGAACCUCUUUGACCUCGGGGGCCAGUACCUGCGCGUGGGCAAGGCCGUGACGCCGCCCAUGCCCCUCCUUACCAACACCACGCCUGGCGGCCUGCCCCCAGCAGCCGCCGUGGCAGCCGCUGCCGCCACCGCCAAAAUCACUGCCCAGAUGGCAUGGAAUCUGUCCCAGCCGGAGAAUCGGACAGAAGACUUCCUACACUGUCUGGAAGCAGUGGCGGGCGCUCAGAUCCUGGGGGCAAUGACAGGCGCGCAAACGGGCCUGCAACUGCCUCAAGCAGUCAUGGCAGCGCAAGCUCCGGGAGUCAUCACAGGGGUGACUCCCGCACGGCCAGCCAUGCCCGCCCUGCCCCAGGUGGGGCUGGUCAACCCAGUACUGUCCUCGCCGCCCGCCAUGGCCACGGCGGUUGCAGCGGCAGCGGCGGUAGCUGCCGCUCACGAAGCGAAGGCGGAAGAGGAGGAGGCGUCCCUGGACGGCACGGGUCAGGAGAUGCUGAGCGAGCAGGAGCAUAUGAGCAUCUCGGGCAGCAGUGCCCGGCACAUGGUCAUGCAAAAGCUGCUCCGGAAACAAGAGUCCACCGUCAUGGUGCUAAGGAACAUGGUAGGUCCAGAAGACAUCGACGACGAGCUUGAGGGCGAAGUCACAGAAGAAUGCGGCAAGUUUGGUGGCGUGAACAGAGUCAUCAUCUACCAGGAGAAGCAGGGCGAGGAGGAGGACGCCGAGGUCAUAGUCAAGAUUUUUGUGGAGUUCACCUCGGCAGCGGAGAUGAACAAGGCCAUUCAGGCACUCAACAACCGCUGGUUUGGGGGCCGCAAGGUUGCAGCGGAGGUCUAUGACCAAGAACGUUUUGACAACAGUGAUCUCUCGGCAUAGACACUGCGAUCCUGCCCCUCCUCCCACAAACCUUUCCCCUCUUCUGCUAUCAAACACAGCUGCCAAGCACUGCUCCCUCAGUGGUGCGGGCCCCACUUUUUAACUUGUAAUUAUUUUUUAUCAAUGUUCAUAUUAAUAUUAUUAAUGAUCCCUUUUAGGGACAAAGGCAAGUAAUGGAGAUGCUCAUGGAUUUUUUUUUUUAUUAUUAUUACUGUUGCCUACUGUGAAGGACUGGAUAUUUGUUUUUGUAUUGGUUUGUUUUUCUUUUUGUUUCUUUUUUUUUUUUGCUCCCUCUUAAUUAUAGUUUAAAUUCGGUUACAUUGUUUCUUUUUAUGAUCUGAAAGACUCCAGAGGACUCCUAUCUUGUUAUAUAGUUCUGUUUCAGAUGCCCAGGAACAAUAAAUUCUCAAAGUAUGAA